UGAGGUUAGGGGGAGAUCAAUGAAUCGAUGAGUUAGCCUUAAAUUUAACUAGAAAUCCUUUAAAUAAGAGAUUAGUAUAGUUAAGAUUGAAUGUGAGUCAAUUAAUCUAUGAAUAAAUUUGGAGCUUGAUUGAAAAAAAUGUAAUCUGUAUGAUCUAAAAUGCUUAGGUGAUUAUGUUGCUUGCUGAAGAGAUUAUCUCUCUCUCUCUUUACCCCAUGAUUCUUGAUCUUUCUCAACCAUUUGGUGUUGCGUAUUACAGAUAAAUCAUCAUGGGGUUCUGGACGCUAAUGGAAGGGUUACUGCUAUUCGCCAACGCACUUGCUAUACUCAACGAAGACCGUUUCUUGGCUCCCAGAGGAUGGACACUCACAGAGCUUCACCAAACCGGCAAAAGAAACUCCCUCAAAGGCCAAAUCGUCGGUCUCAUCCACGCCUGCCACUACAUGAGGCUUCCUCUCAUGCUCUUCAACUUAAUCGUCAUCGUUUUUAAGCUCUUCUCCGGUUAAAAACAAAAUAAAAUUAGAUUCUAAUAAUUCAACCCAAACACACUUCUCUUCUUUUUUUUUUUUGUUCACCCUUGUCGGAACAAGAACUUUGUUCGUUGAUUCAUUAAAAUUCAAAACCUGGCAUUGUAUACAUUAUUGUUCUGAAAAGACGUUGGAUAGAGUGUUCUUCAUUCAACAGGAAUCAUGACUUCGUUGGUCUUGAAAGGAGGCAACGUCCACGGAGGAUUAUACCUAGCAAGGACGUAAUCUCCGGUGAUCUUAAACCCAUCUCUCUCGAGAUCACUCCUCAGCUUCUCCACCUUCUCCCCCACCACACUCUCCGCCGCGGUUCCACUGAACGUGACAACGCCGUACUUCCUCCCUCCCUCCUCCCUAAUCACCACCCUCUCGUCAGUCGGACGCGGCGCGUCCUCAGCCUUCUUGUACACUUCAGGCAACAGAAACUGCAUCGUCACCGUCUUCUUCUCUCCUCCUCCUCCUUCUUCCUUGGUCACAACCGGAGCUGUCAUGGCGAUCUUCUCCCCUUCCUUGGUGAUCACCGGAGCUGUCAUGGCGAUCUUCUCCGGCUUCUGGUUCUCCGGUUUGCCGAACACGCCUAUGUACUUGGCCAAGACCGAGAACCCGCCGUCUUUGUUGUCUUUGAACUCGGAAGGAUCGUAAGUGAUCUCGGCCGCAACGGCGGGUGGAUACUCACGGAUCUCGUAACCGUCGCCGGAUUUGACCACGGUGUAUUUGGGUGUCUCCACGGAGAUUUUACCAAAUACUAUUCCCAUUAUGUAAGCUUUAC